AGAGCUGGGGGAUUCCCCGAGGGAAGUUCCCAACUCAACUGGGCUAAGUAAAAAUGUAAAACAUACAUUUGCCAUAUCCUCUCCAGCGCCUUGUAACUUCGCACCUGAAAAGCAGGCGGUGUCAACACCAUAAAUGCGACUUUAGCCGUUACUCGAACGAAGGUAAGAGGACACUGAGCUGACAGAGGGCUUAACUUGUCUGACACCGGUUGAAUGAGCUAUGGCUAACCAGUCAUUUAAAGAACACGGAACUGUGAGGAUUAUGCUUUGAACGACGCUCUGAAGUGACCCAUUGCUGUCUCCCGGGCUCAUGUCUGCUGUGUCAGUGAUGACUGUGGAGCACAAGGCAUGGAAAGGAACAUUGGAGACCAGCUCAACAAAGCUUUUGAAGCUUAUCGCCAGGUCUCCAUUGAAAAGGACAUUGCUAAAAAGGAGCUGCAAAAAAUGACUGAAUAUUAUGAAGGAUACACUCAAACACUUCAGAAGCAGAUAGAGGACCAGCAGCAGUUGAUUACAAAACUUCAAGCUAAGUUGUCUGCAACAAGGCAACCAUCAGGAGAAAUGACAUGUGAACCGUGCAACCACCUCUUCGAUGGCGCCAGUGCUUAUAGGAUAAAGCCGGAGAAUAUUGGCACUGUUUCCUCUAAUAUGCCAGUCAACAGCAGCCGUGACUAUCAGGACAUGCUGGGAGUAUUUGAAGCAAUUCAAGGCAAAUUCCGGCAGAUUCGGUCCCUGACGCAAAGACAAAAAGAUCACCUAAAGCGAUUCCACAGAGAAAACGAUGCAUCAAACGAUCAGCAGUUCUCCAUGCCCAUCCAGUGCACAGACGCUACAGCAGAGGCCGAGAGACCCUUUCCCUCAGUGCUACGGUCAGCAGUGGAUAUCCCACACCAGCCCACGUCCCUGGCAUCCCGCGGCGCCAGCCCCGAGGACCGGGACUUAGUAGAUUCUCUCACCAAACUCAGCGUCAAAUUCCCGCCCGCAGCGGACAGUGAAUAUGACUUCCUGAACAGUGCUCCAGAAAGGCACAUUGGCCUCACCAUGCCCAUGAAGCCACUGCUCAGUAGUGUCCCCUCCGCAAUGACAGAGGAGGAGCCCGUGGAACUGCCCAUGCCUUUUGUCUACCCCACGUCCCCCUCCCUCUCUACAUCAUCUUCACUCUCCCAGGAGAACGUGCGGGGACCCCAGCAGCCUCUCUGGAGCCCUGAGCUGUGUGAUGCAGUUGACAUGGGGAAGGAGCUGGUGACGCCUCAGAGCAGCAGCAGCAGCAGCAGCAGCAGCAGUCCUGAUAAAUGUGCUUUCUGCCAUGCUGUGGUUCCUCAGGACCAAAUGAACAGCCACCUCUACUCGCAUUUCUCUCAUAAGGACGAAGCUGGCGAUUGACGGUGGACGCAGACUGAUGGGCUGAGGCCUCAACUACUCCAAGACAUUACUGUAUCCAUGGUCCACCUGUGGUCCUGCCUGCCAGGAAGUACAUGCGCUGUACUGGAUUGGAAGUGACACUGCAAUAAGACUUGAAUCCAUUUAUUUAAUAUUGAAGAGUCGAAUGGUACAAUCCUCUGCCCAUUUUAUUUUCCUAAUAUCAUGCUGAGACUCUACUAUAGUAAGUGACAAUGAUGCAUAAUAUGGUAUACGUGAGCAAAUAAAAGCGGCAUUUACUCUUGCA